GUAAUAACGGCAAAGGCCGUCAGUCACGUUUGUCCAGUGAAGACACCACUUUUGUGUAGAGUGACUGGGUUUAAUAUCUUUUGUAUAUUGUCACCUUUUUCGGUAGAAUGACACUGGGAUGUUUGUUACCAUUGUUAGGGCUGUUCCUGCUGGGCGGGAAGCCUACUCUAGCCUGGGAUGAUAUAACCAGAGAGGCUAUCGAAUCCACCGCUAUGAGUGCUAUCACUUUCGAUCGUCUGAGACGUAUGAAAGUAAUACUUCGUGGUCACGAUUUGGUUGAUUACACGUGGUGGUCCGAUGAAGUGAGAAAGAGAAUACCUGAAUCGGCCACUCUGCACAGACAGUUGCAGAAUGAUGAAACGUGCUUAACAUUCGAUUCGACAUGCCCCAAUGGGUUGUGUUUAAUCCAGGGUUCUAAAUUCUUCUUUGCUAAACUGAUGUCGAGUGGCUAUAGUAUUGUCUCUCAACCUAUCAAGUUUGAACUGCCACUAUUUAGAUACCCAAAGGAUGUGACCUUCACUCCCUCGGAUUGCUUGAAGUAUUUGGUAGUUUUGUUGUCUGAUAUGCACUAUCCUUUCAACGUUGAUUUAGCGGAACCACAUAGCCUCGCUCACCGCAAAGUCGACCUUUCUGGGUUUCCCAUGUGGGAGGCUUUGAGUAAGGAGAAACUGGGCCAUGCGAAGCCAAGCUUCGAGGACUUCAUCAUGAAGGUGUACAUGCCACAUUACAUCCAAACUAACGAGGAAUCGUGGUACGGUUCCUGGACAAAUGUGGAGGUACUAGGUUCGCGUUACAAGGUCGAACAGGAGACCUUUAACAGGAACACAUGGGACAACUUUGAAAUUUGGGCUAGUGAGACUGCUAACCUCCACUGCAACGGCCUGGUGACGAAAAGCGAUUUCUCCAAGGAUAAGCAAACCAUUAAACUGUCAGAUGCACUGCUUGACAGAAUUGGUAAUACCAUCAAGUUCCAGAUUGUGCUUGCUGGAGCAAGGGUAGCAGUUGUGCUGAACUACAUUCUAUCUCACAGGGAAAUCGCAUAUUGCGAGAAGACUGGUUUACUUAUUGAGAGGCACCCAGAUGACGUGUGGAGAUGGCAUGAUUACGUGGUCAUUAUGACACUAACUGUGUUCGGAACCGCUGUAACGGUUGGAUUCUACUUCUUAUGUAUAGGACUGCUUUACAUGUUCAAGGAUCACGUUACACAGAAAGUAGACGAAGCAAUUCAGGGAUGGAAGAACAGGCGCAAGAGCAAAUAUCAGCCACAUCUGGAAAUUCACCAACAAUAAGACACUCACACAUAGCAUGAUGUACAUAAAACCGUGUAUAAUAUAGCAUG